UUAGAGAGCGUGAAAGCGGUGCCUCUUUAUCUUCCGGGUCGCGCUGCGUUGAUGUUUUGAAUCGGAUGUGCAGUUUAACACGCUUAUACAAACUCAGUUAUCGUCAAUAUUGUAAAUAUGCUUUAAAUCCGCACGUUUCUGGCGAUUAAAUAUCAAAGAUAAAUAUGAGCGGUGGUUUAGCGCCCAGCAAAAGCACCGUUUACGUGUCUAACAUCCCAUUCUCCUUGACUAACAGCGAUCUGCACAAGUUGUGCUCGAAAUAUGGCAAGGUGGUGAAGGUCACCGUUGUCAAAGACAAGCGGACGCGGAUGAGUAAGGGAGUGGCGUUUGUGCUGUUCCUGGACAGAGAGUCCGCUCAUAAUUGUGCCCGAUCGCUAAACAACAAACAGCUGUUUGGGAGAACGGUGAAGGCCAGCAUCGCCAUUGACAACGGGAGAGCUGCAGAAUUCAUCAGAAGGAGAAACUACUCUGACAAAUCUAAAUGUUAUGAAUGUGGGGAAGAAGGGCACUUGAGUUACGCUUGUCCUAAAAAUUUGCUUGGAGAGAGAGAACCUCCACCUAAAAAAGAAAAGAAAAAGAAGAAAAAGCUGCAGCAGCCUGAGGAGCCGGAACCAGAGGACAGCGAGGAAGAAGGAGAGGACCCAGCACUGGACAGUUUAAGUCAGGCAAUUGCUUUCCAGCAAGCGCGUAUUGAGGAGGAGGAGAAGAGAAGGAAACGGCUCGCAGAGGACGCGUCUCAAGCAUGUACUUCAGAGGACACCCACAAACCCAAGAUCAAAAAGAGCGCCUACUUCAGCGACGAGGAGGAGCUCAGCGACUGACUCAUACUUGUGUGUUCGGAACACAUCGCCUCUUCUCAACCACUCUUACCUAUUAAGAAGGUCACAUAUUGAUCUGAAUUUCUAAUUUUGCCCAACUACGUUGCAGGAAGUCAGACAGAAAAACGGCUCACCUUGAUCCGAGAUGUUUGUUGUCGUUUUAUGCCCCUCUCUCAGAAAAUGACAAAUCUUGGGUAUGUAGUAUUGAGAUUUUAAAUAUCCUGCAGAAACGGUCUGUGAAUGUGUUUUUUUGUAAUCUUGUAAAUAAAGCGCAGUUUCGUGUAUUUCAGAAUUACUCUCUUCUCAUUGUUCCAGGAAGCGUGGAAAAUAAACGGUUUUAAAAUAA